AUGACAGUAACAAACAACAACAGCAACUAUAUCAUUUCUGAUGAACAAGUUAUUGAUUCAUUAGCUGAGGAAUUAGUUGUGGCAGAAACUAAAACCCUCAACGAAAGAAUUGGUGAAAACAAGAUUGAUUUACAUAACUACCUCAAACAUGAUGGAGGAAGAGGAAUGAAAACUGGUACAGCUUUAUUAGUAAAUAAAAUUUCAAAUUUAACGAUUAUAGAUGUUGAUAUCAAUAAAUCGUACAAUGAUGAACUUAAAGAAACAGUUAGAAAAGACAUUUUAUCAAAACUUUCGGAUAAAGAUGUUAUCGUUAAAACUGCAUCAGGAGGUCUUCACAUUUAUUGCAACACUAAUUUCUUCUAUUCAACCUCGAACAGAAUGAUUAAAUGUUAUUCCUGCAAUGAUUAUGAUAUUGACAUAAUGACUUCUAUUGAUGAUUCAAAGCGUUCAUUAGUGGUUAUGGCUGAUUCAAGAGUUCGCAAGAAUGCAACAGAACCAAUCAAUACAUACUCAUUCAUUCGUGGAAGUUAUGAUUCAACAUUAACUAGAACAGUGAAUGAUAUAUUAAAUGAUUUGAAUAUUAAGGUAAGAGUUGAACAGAAGAACGAAGAAAUAAAGACUAUCAUGAAUGAAAACAAAGAUGUAAACAUUGACGAUAAACUUGCCCAGAGCAUAGUUGAUGGCAUCUGUGAUUUUGAAGUACAUAAUGAUGGUGGAAACAUGAAUUUGGAAAAAGAAGUUACAUUAUUCACACUGUUUCAAGCAAUUAAUUCGUUACCAGAUCAUUUAAUUAAUGAAGCAUACGAUAACGUUUAUAACUUCUGCAGUUUAACUGAAAAUGCAAAAAGUAAUUUUGAAAAAGCACGUAGUAGAUAUGCACAUUUAAUGACUUCUCCAUUUGUUUUAGUGAAGAUUCUAAAACUAUAUCAAAAGGAAUAUUAUGAUGAAUAUGUUUUACCUUUAUUACGUAAGCCAAAAAUAACAUUUGAUAUCAAACUUGAUGACUCGUUUUUGAUAACAGAUAUUAGACGUAAAGCUGAAAAUCAUCAGUAUAAAAACAGUUCUGAAGUAAUUGAGGAUUUAUCACGUGUAAUCCGUUUUGUAGAUUGUGGAAAUAAAUAUUUCAUUCAAAAGGACUAUAAUAUCCACGACAAAAUGAAUUAA